UUCCAAAACUUCACCUUGGGGUGAACAAUGAUCCUGUGAUUAUAUUCCGUUUAUGCUAUUAAUCUAGUGAUUUUCUUUGUUAAGUGUUCCAGAAUAGCAGAACGCUCAAGCAAAGAAUGUUGCAGUUUCCCCUCGUCUUGUUCUCGCUGUUCGUUGCCCAUGUCUGUCAGACUUGUCAGUAACAACUUGGAACUAAAUGGUAUAGCGGAGCUAAUUUUUCACGAGGCGAAGGAGAGGGUUUGGGCUGGAAUAUCCAAUGACCAUCGCUACCCUAUUAUCAAUAGCGGAGACCUGAUUGCGCUGGAGAUGUCGUACACUUCGGGCAGCAACAGCACAUACACGCGAUGCACAACGAGCUACUGCUACCGAGAUAGCUGCCCCGGGGACACAGUGUUUAAGCGUAUUUCAGCGAUUGGAAAGUCGGACGGUCAGCCAAUCAACAGCGGAGAUAUGGUCUACAUCUCAUCUGGGUACUAUGGUAUAAGCACAUACCGUCUUCGAUGCGCAUCCUUCACCUCGUACUACUGCAAAUUCAAUUCCAUCAGCGACACCGCAUUCAAAGGCAACAACUGGUUCGCGUACAGCUACGCCAUCUUUCAGAUCUUCUCCCGCCGAUCAGUUGACGGUACCCCAGUGCAGUACGGCGACAUAGUGGGGUCCCGCUACCCUUAUGUCUACGCGGAUCGCUGGCUGUACUACUACAGCGGAUACUGGUACGCGCGCAGCUGUAGCUACAAUAGCAAGUACUCGUGCGCCAGAGAGAACUCCCCCACGGGCUUCCAGAUCUUCAAGCCUAUGCAGAGAACAGUUCAGAGAGCACGACAAGAGAAUGUAAGAGAAUAAUAAGGAGCUAUGAGAAGGGGUGUUCAUGGUGCAAAAUAUUAAAUAAGAAUGCUACCGA